GCUGCGCUGCGCUCUUCUCUAUCCAUCUCCAAUUACGCCGAUCUGGUUCAUAGGUGAUCGUAGCAUCUGCAUUUCACCGGAGGAAUGUUUACUUCUUUUCUUUUCUUUUCUUAUCAGCCAGGAAGAAUAUUAAAAGAGAAUGUCGACUCCUAGUGCAUUAGAUCUGGCUUCGCGUAUCGGUGGCGAGAUUGACAGAAGUGAAGUCCAGUCCUCCGUGGAAAAGUAUGAGAAAUAUCAUAGCUAUUAUGGAGGAAAUAAGCAUGAAAGGAAUGCUAAUUAUAGUGAUAUGAUUUCGGGUGGGAAAACCUGCAUGGGUCUAUCUCCUGUUGGUGUCGCCACAGUUCCAACUACAGUUUUCAUGAAUGGAACUAUUCUCAUGGAUACAGGAUCUAGAGAUGGGGUUGAAGCAUGGGCUUAUUUAGGGGAAGAGUACAGGAGCAUACUAGAACACAACGAAGAGCUCCCUGCUUUUGCUUCCAUGGAUCCAAGUCCUUUGAAACAAUUCCCUGAGACCAAGUAAGACGGCAAGAACAAGAAAAUUGGAACAUUUCAAUUGUAUUUUGAAUUUAAGUUGUUGGAAAAAUUGUAUUCUAAUGCAAUGGUCAGCUAAAAUCAAGAGUACAAUUUUUU